UCCCGCUGAUGCGAGGGCAGUGGCACCUGCUGUGUUGUGACAGGGACGUGGGUGACCUUGGGCACUGUCCCGGCCACCUGUCCUGGCUCCUGAUUAAGCCUUGGCUUUCAGCACGAGCUGUUUUUAGGAUCUGAGCUCAGCGGGGCUGUGCAGUGGCCCCCCUCGGUGGGGUUUGUGGGGGGACCAGCCCCCCCAAGAGCCAGCAGGUGGCCUUGGCGGGCUGUGGUGCUCCUUUUCCCCUGUGGCCAAGGUUUGAGCCUUCGAGUCCCCCCGGGGACCUGGGUGUCAUCAAACCCGGCACCCCUUCUGCUGCCGUCAAAAAAGGAAAAGCAGCUCGCGCUGACUUCCCACUUCCCUUUCCCCUUGUCCCUGCAGCGCCGGAUCCCUACGGCACCUCCGGGCUGUGGCCCCCCCCGCCCCCAGCGGGCUGUACCGGGCGCUGCAGGACCUUUCCUUGGGGUGCCCGCGGGCUGGCUUCGGGGUCCCCUGUGUCACCCCCGUGGGUGGCCAGGGGCCGUGGCUGCCCCGGUGCCGCAGCCGGCGGGAGGUUACAGCGGCGCGAAGCCCGGCGGCCCCCCCCGCGCCCCCCGGCAGCCGCGGGCCAUGAUCGCCGUCUCCAUCCCCGCCGCGGAGCCGCAGCCGGCGGCGCGCAGCCCCGAGAAGGCGCACACGGUGUUCAGGGUGGAGGUGCUCUGCAAUGGCCGGCGGCACACCGUGGUGAAGCGCUACAGUGAGUUCCAGGCGCUGCACAAGCGGAUCAAGAAGACCUGCAAGGUCCCCGACUUCCCUACCCGCCAUGUCCCCAACUGGAUGCCCAAAGUGCUGGAGCAGCGCCGGCAGGGCCUGGAGCUUUACAUCCGGGGUGUCCUGUACCACAACGAGGAGCUGCCCCAGGACGUGCUGGACUUCCUGAAGGUGCGGCACUGCCAGCAGGACCCCAAGGCCAGCAGCCUCCCCACUGGCCACCUGCCCUCCCAGCGGCCCGUCGUCAGCUUCUGCACUGAUCCCUACACGCAGCCACUGGGCACCGACCCGCUCCCCAACACCGUCCUCAGUGGGGUGCUGCAGGGCCUCUACAUCCCUCUGAGCUGUACCCCCAGGCAUGCAGCACCCCGAGCCCCCAGCCUGCUGGGCUCGCAAGUCCCCACCCAGCACCCAGGGCUGCAGCGGUGAGCAGCCAGCCAGGCAGCAGGAAGGAUCCCUGUGGCAAAAAUAACACCUCCACGCUGCGAUGGGGCAGGAAAAGCCAGGGGCUGUGGUGGGACCCACAGCUGCUCUCCAGACCAGCGUUGCUCACCUACCACUAUCCAAGGUGCCUUUGUUGGGAAAGCCCUGGUGCUCUGGGGUUCCUGCCUUUGCAUGCUGAACUGUGCUGGAAGACCCUUGGCAUCUGGGCUUUGGUGCAAUAAAUCACUUGGGCUUGACUGGCAAAAGAUCCCUGUACUUUGUAA